CCUGAAGCGGACCACACAACAAUUUUGCACUCUUACUCGAUUAAUCCUCUCCAAAUUUUCGAUUUCGCGAAACUUUCCAGCUCAGCAGUCAAGACUUUCCAACACCACCGCAAAUCCACCGACCGUUUUCGUUCGUGAUAAUUCAUAUCGCAACAACACAUCCGACAAUAUGUCUCACGAAUCCGUCUGGAACUCGCGCCCGCGAACUUACGGCAAGGGCUCUCGCUCUUGCCGAGUCUGCACUCACAAGGCUGGUCUGAUCCGCAAGUACGGCCUCAACAUCUGCCGUCAAUGCUUCCGUGAGAAGUCCUCCGACAUUGGCUUUGUCAAGCACCGAUAAAUGCUUAAUUUCGGAUUGUCAAUUUUCCUAUCACGAUAUCUCUCGCCAGGCAUCAUCGACGCGAUUGCGGAAAUGGAGUUGGGUUUUACAUCAGGAACAUGGGUUUCGCAUUUGCCUUGAGGCAUCGGCAUAGGCUUGCGUGGACAGAGAAGGAGGAAAUGAGCAAGAUGGCUCCUCAAUUCCGGCUAGACAACUAGACCACCACCGCAAUGCUUACGAACAAAAAAUCGAUGAUAUUCGUUCUUCCUUCUUGCAUCGUAUCCUAUCGUAUCCAUACCCAGACCCAUACCCUAAUGCAAAAGAAAGAAUGUGAAUACUACCCGCGGGACCCUCGAUAUACAUCCGGAUGGACCCUCCGUUCCUUUUACAAACAGGUAGGGUGUCAAUGAUUCCAUGAAAGGAAUGUUGAAAAUGAGUAAUAGUUACGCAUCACCAAAAUCAUGCGAGAAAUUCCGUCUUCGUCCAUCAAAUACCUAAUAUUCCCAUUGACAACUAUAUAAUCCGGAACCUGCCUGGUGGAAAUAAGGCUGGAUAUAAAAUUGCAUAUUAAAAU